UACCAGGGUUUUCAGGUCAAAGUGAAAUCAAGAACAUUACUUUUACAAUGGCAAACUUUUUGCAAUCCCGUCUACCCCAUUUCGGCGUGACACGUGUUUUGACCGUAUUAUUCCUCACCCUGGCACUACCCGUACUUGUGGAUGGUCUGUGCUCCCAACGACCAGGUCAGAAACAGGACCAGUGCUGCCCGGGGGAGGACUGGGAGUGUGUAUACGGGACUGGCUCUGACUCUUGUUUCUGUGAUGAAGUAUGCUAUCUCUAUGGCACCUGUUGUUCAGAUUACCAGGAGUAUUGCCUAGGGGACACCAGCACUCAGACAGGCGGCCAGUGUAUAAUCAGAGGGGACCCCCAUUUUAAACAAUUCGAUGGGCAUCAGUACCAUUUCAGCGGACUCUGCACAUAUAUACUGUCAGAUACCCUGCCAGGAGCAGACGAGCAAUUCAACAUAACCGGUACAUUUAUCCCUAAUAAACCUGGGAGUAACAGGACCAUGAUCCAGCAGGUUUUGAUAGCAGUGCGCGGUAUGGCCAUUCAGAUAACUACAGACGGAACAGUGAAGGUUAACAAUGCAACAAUUGUUGCAACAACGACCCCACAAGACGUAGGCAAUGGUGUUAUGUUGUCUUUGAACCCAGAAGACUUCCCAAGGACUGUUGUGGAGGUGCCUGAUGUUGUGAAAGUUGCACUCACCACCCCUGUUGGCGAAUCAAGACGUAGAGGACAUAGAGCCAUCAUAACCGUUCCAAAUGCAUAUGCUGGUCAACUAAAUGGGCUGUGUGGAGAUUUCGAUGGUGAUUCUACUGACUAUGCUAACCCCUGUUCUGGAGGCCCUCCUGCACAUUGCUUUGUGAAUGGCGGCAGUUGCUGAGCUCAGAAGGAGAAGAGACUAUAAACAUCAUCAAACAGCAUAGUAAAGUAAAGCCAAGAACAAAGGAACGGUUUACAGUCAAGAUAAACUGCAUGUUGAGGAUUCUUGAUCAAAUUGGGUUUUAUCUUAUUGUCUUUUAAUUAAUUGUAUUCUAUCUGCAUUUAAUCUAUUUAAUUGGGUAUCAUACAUUUUUGUCUGUAAGUUAAAAUAAUCAGUUUAUAAGGACACUCAAUUGCAGGUCUAUAUUUACAAUUUAAAAUGACAGAUAAAAAUUAUUGUUUUUUGCAAAAUGUCAGACAAAGCGCUUUCAACUAAAUUGUUAUAACUGGUAAUCUAAACAAAAACCGGGACUUUCAGAUAACGUGCUGCGUAUAUUUUUACUGUAUGUUUAUCAUACAUUUACUUACCGAAAGUACUGAUAUAUCUUUGAAUGGAACUUUACAACAAACUAAUGUGGUUAUCAUGCAUUUCCUUUUACCUGUCAUUGUUUUUUCACCAAGGUGAUGAGGAAUUGUCUCGUAUGUUUACACUCCAA